CACUGCUCAACACCGACAAGAAACUGAAACACAGUCUGACUUGCAAAGCAAGCCUAACCAGGAGCUCUCUCUCUCCAGCUUGUUUCCUGUACUUGGAGGCCAUCUUAAACAGACAGACUUUGGCUCAGUUUUUCCUCCUUUGUUACAGUUUCUUAUCUUAACUGUGUUUCUUUCAAGUUUGGACGUUUUCCUCUUUAAAGCUGCUUUGGAGUCUUGCGAGAACAGGAAGCAGGAGGAGGAGGUAGAGGAGGUUGAGAAGGAGGGGGCGAGACGCUCUCAGUUUGAAAGCCAAACUUCACUUAUCCGCCUUCCUCACCUGCUCCUUCUGUGGAAUGAAAGCCACGUAGAGGCGUUUUCUGUGAAAAAGAGGGCGAGAAGAAAGAAGAGCCACUUCCUGGAAAGGGAUCCGUUUUGUUUGAGCUCAAAGGGACAAGGGACACACAACAGGGACAGCCACUAUUGAUGAGUGAGUGUGUACUGGUCUGUGAAGUUGUGUUGUUACCUCACACAACUUAGUCUUACCUCUCUUUUGACUAUCUUUGACUACAGCAUGGCCAAUGUCAGUUCCUUCAUGUCUCCGGGACCCAUGUCCCAGGUCUUCUUCCCCCUUGGUGGCCCUUCCCCACCUGGGUCAGUGGUGAUGCACCAAGGGACAUCGGUCUCUGUCCCUGCAACCCCAGGGUUCCCUCCAGUGGACAUAGGGGUGGCCCCAGGGCCUGGAGGAGCGUUGGGUAUCCCAUCGGGGCCCCCGGCACCAGCCGGUGUCUCUUUCAUCAUACAGAUUGGGCUGACUAGAGAGUCUGUGCUUCUACCCCAGACUGCAGACUUGGCCUACGUCAAACAGAUUGCAUGCUCAAUUGUGGAUCAGAAGUUUCCUGAGUGUGGUUUUUAUGGGAUCUAUGACAAAAUCCUCCUCUUCAAGCAUGACACCAGCAGCAAUAACAUCCUGCAGCUGGUCAAGGCAGUGUCCGACAUCCAGGAGGGAGAUCUGGUGGAAGUUGUUUUGUCCGCUGCUGCCACGUUUGAGGACUUCCAGAUUCGACCGCACACGUUAAAUGUGCACUCGUAUCGUGCACCGGCCUUCUGUGAUCAUUGUGGUGAGAUGCUUUUCGGACUGGUUCGUCAAGGGCUCAAAUGCGAUGGCUGUGGGCUGAAUUACCACAAACGCUGUGCCUUUAGCAUUCCCAAUAACUGUAGUGGGGCUAGAAAGCGACGCUUGUCGACCACGUCUCUUACCAGCAGUCAGUCUAUGCGUCUGUCCACCACCGAGUCCCUCAGCAGCCUCAACAGCAGCGUGACAUCAGAGGAAGCCAGCCUUGUCCGAUCACACACCCAUUCGCCCCGCACGCCCAGCGAUGCUAGACGCUAUUACACCGGGAGGCCUGUCAAACUGGACAAGAUGCUCAUGACUAAAGUGAAGGUCCCGCACACGUUUGCCAUUCACUCGUACACACGUCCCACUGUGUGCCAGUAUUGCAAGAGACUGUUGAGAGGACUCUUCCGCCAGGGACUCCAAUGCAAAGACUGCAAGUUCAACUGCCACAAACGCUGUGCAUACAAAGUUCCCAACGACUGUUUAGGGGAAACUAUUGGAGACAUGUUAAGUCCGAGCACAGACGCAGAGGUGCCGAUGGACUACAGUAAUGAGUAUUCUGACCAUGAUAAGUCUUCUCUGAUGGACGAAUCAGAUGAGGCCAUCAGUAUCCCUGGGUCCUUCUCCCCCGACAGCAACCAGGACGGAGCCAGUGGUGACCAGAGUGCUAAUAUUCCUCUGAUGAGGGUAGUGCAGUCAGUCAGACACACCACUCGUCGCUCUAGCACAGCCAUCAAAGAGGGCUGGAUGGUGCACUAUAGCAACAAGGACACACUGAGGAAGAGACACUACUGGCGUCUUGACUGCAAAUGCAUCACCCUGUUUCAGAAUGACACCACCAACAAAUACUACAAGGAGAUCCCUCUCUCGGAAAUCCUAGGGUUACGCCCGGCGGGUGACUUCUCUCUCGUACCUGCUGGAACAAGCCCCCACUGCUUUGAGAUUGUCACAGGCAGCAUGAUCUACUUUGUUGGAGAGGACCCCAACCCCAUCCCCUCCCCUUUAUCCAGUAUAUCUGGCCUUCAUUUCUCUGCCACGCCCAGCAGCGUUGCACCCAAUAGUGGAUUGGGGCGGGAGUUCGCCAAAGGCUGGGAAACUGCUAUUCGUGAAGCCCUCAUGCCAGUAAUCUUCAAAGACAAUCCUCCAGCAGGACACACCCCUCAUCGGCAGGCAUCUGUCAGCAUCUCUGUGUCUAACAGCCAGAUUCAGGAGAAUGUGGACAUCUGGACAGUGUACCAGAUCUUUGCUGAUGAGGUUCUGGGCUCUGGACAGUUUGGUGUGGUGUAUGGAGGAAAACACAGGACAACUGGCCGGGAUGUAGCCGUGAAGGUGAUCGAUAAGCUCCGAUUCCCCACCAAACAGGAGAGCCAACUGAGGAAUGAAGUGGCCAUACUGCAGAGCUUGCGACACUUGGGUAUAGUGAAUCUGGAGUGUAUGUUUGAGACUCCAGAGAAGGUCUUUGUGGUAAUGGAGAAACUUCAUGGUGACAUGCUAGAGAUGAUCCUGUCUAGUGAGAAAGGACGACUUCCUGAAAGACUCACCAAGUUCCUCAUCACACAGAUUUUGGCUGCUCUGAGACACCUUCACUUCAAACACAUUGUGCACUGUGACCUCAAACCUGAGAAUGUGCUGUUGGCAUCAGCGGAUCCUUUUCCACAGGUCAAGCUUUGCGACUUUGGCUUUGCUCGCAUCAUCGGAGAGAAGUCUUUCCGCCGCUCUGUUGUUGGUACGCCAGCUUACUUGGCACCUGAAGUCCUCCUGAACCAGGGUUACAAUCGCUCUUUGGACAUGUGGUCCGUCGGUGUUAUCAUGUAUGUCAGUCUAAGUGGAACUUUCCCUUUCAACGAGGAUGAAGACAUCAAUGAUCAGAUCCACAAUGCCGCCUUCAUGUACCCACCCAACCCCUGGAAACAGAUCUCUCCUGAAGCUAUCGACCUCAUCAAUAAUCUGCUCCAAGUGAAGAUGAGAAAACGCUACAGUGUGGACAAGAGUCUCAGCCACGCCUAUUUGCAGGACUAUCAGACCUGGCUGGACCUCCGAGAGCUGGAGUCAAAGCUUGGGGAGCGUUACAUAACCCACGAGAGCGAUGACAGCCGCUGGCAACAGUACGCCCGUGACCACACACUGCCCUACCCUCCUCACCUGGUGCCACCACCACCUGCCUCAGACGACGAUGAGCAGGAAGGUGCAGAUGACGCAGAUAUGCAGGGGCUGACAGAGCGCGUAAGCAUUCUUUGAAGAAAAAGAGGAGGAGGAAGAUGGCGAGAGGGAUGACGAGUGCCUGCCAUGACAUUAGGAAUUGUUAGCACACCAAGAGCAUAGAAUGGAGGUAGUUAUGUAAGAAAACAGCCUCUACUGCAGAAUGGGGUCCUGUCCAUCCAUUUUCCUAUCCAUCAGCAGGCCCUCUGACCUUUGAUCGUUCCCCAACCAGAACAUGGCUCGAACUGGGAUCCCAAGAUUUUAAGGUCAGGGAUGAACCGUUUUGGACCCUAGCAUCGGCCUUGACGCAGACACAAAGUCAUACAGUUGACUUUAAGUUUCAAAACGAGUGUAUCAGUUGCGAUACAAAAUGCAGAGAGAAAUAUGAUCUGUAUAGUUGCUGGAAAUCCCUGUUUUGAUUUUCCUUUUUAAUUUCUUGCAAUGACAUUUACAUUCAUGCAUUUGGUGGAUGCUUUUAUACAAAGUGACUUACAGUGCAUUCAGGCUACACAUUUUAUCAGGCCUUGCAUUUCCUUGGAAUCUAACCCGUCAUGGGUUUCUUGACCAGUCGAGCUACAGGAACAUUUACUGAAACCCCCUUUAGUUUCAGAUCCGGUUCUUAUUCACUUUUCUUCAAAUGUAACCUGGUGAGCUUGGUGGUUUCCAGUAUAAUUUCAUCAGUUUUCCCUGCGGUUGUACGGAGGACCGAUAAGCCUUAUCACCCUAUGCUGUCCGAAAGACAAACUGUGUGCACAAAGACUUUCUACAGUAGACUGUUCUCAGACCAGCUGCUAUUGGCAAUGGGUGAAAGGGCUAUUUCAACUCAUCUGGGUUUUUCUAGUGAAGCUGUACUGAUUAGGCAUUUAUUCACACUCUUGACCCUAGACCUGAGCAUUAGGCUGCAUGUUACUGAGAAUUAGGUUUGCUUGAGACUUAUUGCCAUGAAGGACUGUUUUGUACACAUGUAACCUUAGAAACAAGUAUGUUGUUUAAUGGAAGGGAAUGUCAGAACAUUUUCAGCAGGUAUAAUAAAAAUGGUGAAGCAGAAAUCUGUGUAACUGAAUCAACUUGAGUCAUGAUUUUUCUGUGCGCUUGUACACUUUCACACCAAUGGCGUGGAUAAAAGUAUAUGCGAUAGAACUGCUUGAUUAAUUCUUAUCAGCAGUGACCAGAGACAAGGGGGGAUUUAUAAACACUUGGAAUAUGUUAUAAAUUUUUAUGCAUUUACUGCCCUCAGCAGCCUGUUGCCCAAUGAUGAGAUAAUUUCAGAUUUCGACAGAGCAGAUAUAAAUGAGAAAUAAAUGUAAUUCUUGCAAAAUGCAUGUUUACAUAUUGCAUUUUGCAUGUUUUGUGCUUUUUAGAGGCUUAAGUGCAUUCCAAUAAUUUACUAUACAUUGUCAAAUGUCAGUUGACUAUACAAUAUAUUAAUGAGCACAGUAUUUAUUAUACAAUAUAAUAAAAUCAAAUUUAUUGUUUUUUUUUUAAAUAAAAUUCCACUGAUUACAAAAAAUUUGUGUAUCUUUAACUACAGUACACAGAGUCAUGUGAACAGCAAUCCACACUGCAGCUAACCACACUGCCUGAUUGAAGUCUCACAAAUCGUAAUUCACGUUCACAUUUCAAUUUCAUAUCAAAAUUCCAUCAAAUUG